GUUUGAAUUACAGCUCGGCAUUUACGACAUAUCCAGCUCAGUCUGCAUUCAAAGACCGAGAUCUGUCCAUCCGCUGGUGAAUUAUGCACGGCCGUGUGAAGGUGAAGACGACAGCGCAGCAGGAGGAGGAGAAGAGGAAGGAGAGAGAGAAGAAGCUGAAGGCCUUUGUGUGCGCGCGCGACUCUGUGCUGAAGAAGAGGAGCGCUGGAGAACAUGACGAGGAGGCUCUUGAUCUCACACAGCAGCUUCUGUCCUCAAACCCAGACUUCGCCACACUCUGGAACUACAGGAGAGAAGUGCUGCUGCAUCUGGAGACGCUGCGAGAGAAGGAUGAGGUGCAGAAGCUGUACGAGUCUGAACUGCACUUCAUUGAGGCCUGUCUGAAAGUCAACCCCAAAUCUUACGGCUGUUGGCACCACCGCAGCUGGGUGAACACUCGUCUCCCGCAGCCCGACUGGACACGCGAGCUGGGCCUCUGCGACCGCUGCCUCAGCCUGGACGAACGCAACUUCCACUGCUGGGAUUACCGCCGGUUGGUGGUGAAGGAGUCUGGCGUUUCCGUGGAGCAGGAGCUGCAGUUCACCGACCGUCUGAUUGGCUCCAAUUUCUCCAACUACUCCAGCUGGCAUUACAGGAGCACACUGUUACCUCAGCUCCGCCCACAGCCGGUGCUGGACUCCGCCCACAACACAAGCCCCUCCCCCUCCGCCUCGCCUCAGAGUCACUCGCACAGAGUCUGCGAGGAGCAGCUGCUGAAAGAGUAUGAGCUGGCCCAUAAUGCCUUCUUCACUGACCCCAAUGACCAGAGCGCUUGGUUCUACUACCGCUGGCUGCUGGGCAGAGCGGAGAGAGAGGAGAUGAUCAGCUGUGUGUACGUCAGCAGGGAGGGUGAGAGAGUUUCCGUCGCCUUCUCCAAACCUGUUCACGCCGGGUCAGUGGGUCUGAUGUUGGUUCUGGACGGUCAGCCUCAACAGGUGCAGUGGAGAAAUGCACAUCCCCGUCUGCGCCACAGUCCUGUCUGGCUGUGUGAUCUUCCUGCCGGCUCCAUCAGUGACACCAGUAAUGAACACAACCUGACCAUUCACUGGACAGACAAACACACACACAGAGACUGUGCUCUCUACACGGGCUGUGCUGAAAGCUGGUGUAGAGACUCCGCCACUGAUCAGGAGCUGUUCAGGAGUGAGCUGUCAGUAGAGAAGAGUUCAGUUCUUCAGGCUGAGCUUCAGUCCUGCAAUCAGCUGCUGGAUCUCGAACCUCAGAACAAAUGGUGUCUGCUGACCAUCAUCCUCCUGAUGAGAGCUCUGGAUCCUCUGGGCCAUGAGAAAGAGACUCUGACCCAUUUUCAAACCCUUAAAGAAGUGGAUGCGAUGCGCUCCUCCUACUACAGUGACCUGUGCAGUAAGUUUUUGAUUGAAAACACCAUCCUGAAAAUGGAGUAUGCAGAGGUGCGCGUCUUCAGCCUCUCCAAUAAGAAACUGACCACCUUGUGUCACCUGGAUCAGCUUCUGCUGGUCACACACAUCAACCUGUCGUCCAAUCAGCUGCAGCAUCUGCCGCCUCAGUUCAGCAUGCUACAGUGUCUGGAGGUGCUGGAGGCUGAUGAUAACGCCAUCGAAAGUCUGGAGGGUCUCUAUCAUCUGCCUAAGCUAGAGGAAGUUUCUCUGAAGAACAACAAAAUCUGCAAAGUGUCUGAUCUGGAAACACUGGCGACCUGCACCAAACUGACCAGACUGGACCUGCGUGGAAACCCUGUCCACAAAACUGACGACCUGGAGUCUGAGCUCAGCCUGAUCCUGCCAUUGGUCACUGCCCUGUCUCUCUGAUAUGUGUGUGUGUGUACUUGUUUUUAUCUCCCAGUGGGGACUUAAACCUGAAUGCACACAGACUUAUGGGGACUUGUGUCACUGCGGGCACCAGAAUUGAUGGGUUAACAUGCUUAUAGAUCAGACAGAAUUAAGUAUUUUAAAUAUGUAAAGGGGCAGAUUGUUUGCUGUGAGGGUUGGUUUAGGGGUACAGUUGGAGGAGGGGAGGGAAUAUACAGUUUGUAUAGUAGAAACAUCAUUACAUCUAUGAGAGUCCCCACUGGGAUAUAGGAGCCAGUCUGAGUGUGUGUGUGUCUGUACUGGUUUUGGUGGUUUACAAGAACAGACAUUUGUAAAAUGACAUGAGUAAGGCCUACUGUAGGUAUUACAGCAUUGAUGUGGUUUAUGAGGACAGGCCUUGAGUCCUUGUAAGUCAAAACCCUUAAAAAUCAUACUUCAGGGUCUUUUGACAUUCAGAUUUUGCCACAGGUUUACAGUGAGGGUUGGGUUUAGUGGUAGGGGAGGGAUUAUGGCAUAUAAUAGGAGUUUUUUUUUUACUGUAUAAAAUGUAUGGAGAGUCCCCGUAAACCAUAUAUACUGUACUAGUGUGUGUGACAUACUAACUGUACCACUUUAGAGACCCCUUAGAGCAAUUUCUGAACAUGUAACUCACGAGCUGGACCUAAUAGGACUUAAAGGGAUAGUUCACUCAAAAAUGAAACCAAGAUACUUUGAGGAAUGUUCCUGCUGUUCUUUUCUACAUGAAGAGGAUUGUUGGAAUUUAGAGGUAUUUCACCUGAAAAAAAAAACACAAAAAAAAAACACCACAGCAGAUGUUGAUUUUUGAGUGAACUAUCCCUUUAAAAAUAUUCAGCCUCUUUGUGUGUGUGUGUGUGCGUGCGUGCGUGCGUGCGUGUGUGUGUGUCAGUGUUUGUGUGUGAGACGAAUAACGGUUCACAUUUCAACAAAGAGCUCUGUAUAAAGGCCUCACUGCAUGCUGAUGGAGAGAAAUGUUCUGGUCACGUCUGCUGUUACUUUUAAGUUCUCAAUGAUCCGUUUGGCCAAAGAUAUUAGUGACGUUUCAGUGAAGAUGCAGAUAUUCGGCUGUGCGUUUCUUGUAUCGUAUGAAUCUCCAUGCCAGUAAAGAAACUGUUUAAUCUCC